AUGCAAAAGAUAUUACGAGCAGAUGAAAUUACAAAAAUACAAGUCCUUGGAAAAGGCAAGAGGAAGAGGAUAGAAAUGAUAUUCUCAGAAAGUGAGGACAGCGACCUGGAUAAAGAAGAAAGAGAACCUUAUUCAGGAAGCAACUUUCUGUACAGUGAAAGUAGCAGCGAGGAUGAAGAACCUUUAUUUCAGCUGUCCAAGGUAGAACUGUGUGCCAAAAUAAAAGGUCUCAAGCGGAAGCUGACAGACACCAUGAGAGAAAACUGCCGCCUGAGGCAGUCCCUGGUGAUGCUUCAAGUGUUGCCACAGGCAGUCACCCAUUUUGAAGAACUGGUAGGGAUGGCUGAAGCACUGCUCAAAGGGGGAGUGACAUCACCUGCAUCCACUCUACAUUCACAUGCUGUUUGGAAAGCAUCUAACAAUCCGUUAGCAGAUUCCUAUGCAGCUAUGCACAGUAACUCCAGCUCACCAAUAACUUUGAAUAUGGAAGAUGAGGAGCAACAGACUGAAAAACAGUUCAAGAUCGAAAAAUGGCAGAUUGCACUUUGUAACAAGAGCAAACCUCAAAAGUUUAUAAAUGACUUGAUGCAAGCACUUUAUACACAUGAAUACAUGGCUACACACAGCCUCACAGGUGCAAAGUCCUCCUCUUCAAAGGAUAAAGCGGCAAAACCAGCUAUGAAUCAGAAUGAAGUUCAGGAGAUCAUAGGAAUCACAAAACAGUUAUUUCCAAACACAGAUGAUGCUUUAAUUAGACGAAUGAUGGGACAAAAACUGAACAAUUGCACCAAGAAGCCGAUUUUAAGCAAAGAUCUUAACUCAGGUGCUUUUCAGAAGCAUAGCUUUUGUACACAAGACCAGCAGGAUGAUGAUUCACCAGCUGCUAAUGCACAAGUGCAGCAAAGUGAGAGCCACCUGCCUCCUCCACCUCCCACCCCACAAGGUCAGGAGGACUGUUUCAAGCCCACUUCUUCUAAGGUGGAGUCCCAUCUCGCCAGCAGCUCACCAGCGCCCUCUCCCAACCAAGGCUGCGGACAGGAUCUCAGGAAUUCAGACAAGGAGUAA